AUGGAAGUAGAAGAAUCAAAACCUGUGAAUAUGUUUCCCGAAGAAAAUCAGUUGUCCGAAGACAUCGAGAUUGAUAUGGACGAGAUUAUGAAGGAAGUAACUGACGACUUGCAACACAACAUCCCAAUUCAAGCAGUCGAUCUGCUGUUGGAGGUCGGCUCCAUCGAGAGGUUGAUCGAUAUGAAAGAAGUCGAUGGUUCAAAUGUGUGGAAGAUAUGCCAGUAUCUGCUUCGUAUCGUUCAUUUCCACUACGAACCGGAGGAACGCAGAAAAAUAUUUGAGACCGUGUACCGUCUGUUCGCUCGCUUCAAUCUGUGGGUGGACCGCAUGGUAUGUGCGAUCGCCAUGAACAACACACAAUACAUCAUCGACACAUAUAACGCCUGCCACGAAGACUUGGCCAAAAAGCAGCUCAGCGAGCUGCUCGCACGUCAACGCCUCUCCCACCUUAUCAAAGACCCUGCUCCCGACAUCUACACAUCGAUCCUCUACUCCACGUUCUUCUCGGACUGGUUCACAGCCGCCGCCAAGGAGAUGGACAUCGCCACGCCGCGUCUCCCCAGCACCAUUCUCUCCCUCCCCGACCCCAAGAAGCUCUCCACCGAGCGCGUCCAGGCCGCCCAGUCCAUCGUCAACGGGCUCCUCAACGCUGGCCAUUGUUCGGAGUGUUUCUUCCACGACGCGGCUGGCCGCUGGACGGACGGCUUCCAGAAGAACCAGGGCGCGGGACUGCUCCUCGCCAGCGCUGCGCAGGCGCUGGUCUAUCUUGGGUCGCCGUUCCAGGGGCUGAACAUGCUGAUCGAUCUGCUGCAGCACUCCAAAACGGAGGUGCGGCAGGGCGCCGCGCUGGGCGUCGGGCUGCUGGCCGCGCCCGGACUCGACCCGCGCGACGAUCUCCCGCUGAACGUGCUGCUGCCGGCGCUGGAGGGCGCGGAAGAGAAGGGCGUGACGAUGGCGGCGGAGCUGGCGCUGGCGCUGAGCUACGCGGGAAUGGGCGAAGCCAGACCCGAUCUGCUGCCCAUCUUCGAAAAGGGAAUUCGAGAAGGCGGAUUGGAGGUGAUGGGCGUGUCCGCGUUGGCCGCGGGACUGGUCUUCCUGGGGAGUGGAAACGUGGAACUGCUGGAGGCGAUGAAGAAACGCGUGAGCGACGUGAAAGAAGCCGACGAGAACCAGCUGCCCAACCUUCUCCUCGGCUUCGGCCUCUCCCUGCUCUUCACGCACAAGAAAGUGAUGCUGGAGGAGAUCUCCGCGCUGUCGGACGUCCUCAGCUCGCUGCCCCCGCGGUACCGCUUAUAUCUGCAGGCCUGCGUGCUGGCGUGCAGCUUCCUCGCCUCGCAGGACCUCCUCGUCAUCCACCAGCUCCUCUCCAUGCUCCAGGAAGAGGAGGACCGCAUCCAGCAGCAGCCCAAGGAGAAGACCGACGCCGCUUCCCCGCAGGAGGCCAAGACGCCCGAGGAGUCCUCCCCGCGGGACAUGUUCAACCUCAUGGGGCUCUUCGGGGGCAAUUUCAUGUUCCCCACGCCGUCGCCGAAGCCGCUGGACGACGCGGCGACGACGCACGAGGACGACGAGUUCGCGGUGAAGAUGCUGGUGCUCGCGAUCGCGCUGGUUGCCGCGGGGGAGCCGGUGAACGUGGCGAUGGUGAGUCGCUCGCUGGAGCUGCUGCUGGUGCACGGGUCGCACAGCGCGAUGGAGAUGGUGCUGCUGGCGUUCUCGCUGCUGCAUCCGUCGGAAGGCAGCAUCGCGAUCGUCGACCAGAUGAUGCGUAAAACCGCGGGAGGCGGUCUGACGAACCAGUCGAACACGUGGUCGUAUCGCAGCUGCGUGAACGCGGUGCUGGCGCUGGGUCUGACGGCGUCGGGGACGUGCAACAGCAAGAUCAACACGCACUUGAAGCAGGUCGUGGAGGCCGAGCAGCUCUACUCCUCCUACCUCUCCAGCGAGUACGCGUUGGACAAGGCCUUCUACAUCCACUUCGCGCAGGGGCUCGUGAAUCUCGGCAAGGUGGCGCGUGAUCGGGUUUUUGUCAUGCCUAGGGAUUGCUCACGCUGAGUCCCAGCGCCAUGGACGGACAGCUUUUCAACCCCGUGUCGCUUCUGUUCCUCGCUACCUCCAUGCUCCCGCGGUUAUGCAACGAGUCGCGGCCCACGCAGCCCAUCGUGGCCAUGCUGAUGCUGAUGGCGCUCGGUGCCGCGCGGCCGCGCAUGCUGAUGCUCCUGGACAACCGCCACGAGAUGGUGCCGUUGAAGG